AUAUGACUCACAUCCAAACACCCCCCCGAAGGUUUUUACGCAAACAUCCUAUUUCUUCUACACAAAACACAAUCAGAGAGUCAUACAUAUUUUAGGGCAGGUUAUUAAUUUUGAAUAUCGUCGGUUACGUAUCAUAUGAUCGUAUCAGUUGUUAAGUAAUGCAAUGACGGACCUCCGAUACCUUUGCUUAUUUGCAUAGCCAAUGAUAUUGUUCGGCAGCAGCCAAUAUAAGACCAUUAUACAGAUACCGUAACCUACCCUUUUAGAGUUUGUUUGCAUAUUAUGGGUGAGGUGGUGGAGGUGAACUCAAGCCCAACAACACCACAGCCGGGGAUAAAACCUACUCCUCCGGUCAUCUCUCCGCCCCCGUUUCAGCACCAUUCACCGUCGCUCGCUCGAUCCCCUCUCAUUGAUACCAUCCCGAAAACCUCGAAAAGUCCUUUUGUAGGGCGAAUAAUGACUCCCUUGGCCAGCCCUAUGAAGAAGGCAUUUUCGACCAUGCAGGGGUAUUUAGAAGAAGUUGGGCACCUAACGAGGCUGAAUCCCCAGGAGGCGUGGCUUCCCAUUACGGAGUCCAGGAACGGGAAUGCAUUUUAUGCGGCCUUUCACACGCUUAGCUCUGGGAUCGGAGUUCAGGCUCUUGUCCUUCCCCUUGCUUUCGUUUACCUUGGCGGCUGGAGUUGGGGAAUCAUAUCUCUAUCACUGGCUUUCGUAUGGCAACUGUACACUCUAUGGUUACUGAUCCAACUGCACGAGUCGGUGGCCGGGACGCGAUACAGCCGAUAUCUCCAGCUUUCUAUGGCCGCUUUCGGUGAGAAGAAAGGUAAGUUGCUGGUGCUAUUUCCUACCAUGUACCUCUCCGGUGGCACAUGCGUCACCCUGAUCAUGAUCGGAGGAGAGACCAUGAAGAUUUUAUUCUACCAGAUAGCAUGCAGAAUCCAAUCAUGUAACGUAAACCCCCUCACUACCGUAGAAUGGUACCUAGUGUUCACUUGCUCGGCGGUUGUUUUAGCUCAGCUUCCCAACCUCAAUUCCAUUGCCGGAGUUUCCCUCAUCGGAGCAAUCACAGCCAUCGCCUAUUGUACAAUCAUAUGGGUUGUCUCAGUUGUUAAAGGUAGGCCCAUGGGAAUCUCCUACGGCCCACCGCCACUGGAGGUGAACUCUGAUGUGGCUAGGCUUUGCGCUGCUCUCAAUGGUCUUGGUAUAAUAGCCUUCGCCUUCAGAGGACACAAUCUUGUUCUUGAAAUACAGGGAACAAUGCCGUCAAGUGUAAAGCAGCCAUCACGUCUACCAAUGUGGAAAGGAGUGAAAUUCUCCUACCUAAUAAUCGCGAUGUGUUUGUUCCCGCUUGCAAUUGGAGGAUACUGGGCGUACGGAAGCUUGAUACCAACAAAUGGAGGGAUGCAAACAGCACUAUACAAGUACCACAGGAACGACACAUCGAAGGUUAUUCUAGGGUUGACAAGCCUACUGGUCGUAAUUAACUGCCUCACCUCUUUCCAAAUCUACGCAAUGCCAGUUUUCGACAACCUUGAAUCCAGAUACACCGCCAACAUGAACAAGCCCUGUCCGCGGUGGUUGCGAACAGGGUUCCGAGUCUUCUUUGGAUCCCUGGCUUUUUUCAUAUCUGUGGCGCUCCCGUUCUUGCCAAGCCUGGCAGGGUUGAUAGGAGGGAUAGCGCUGCCGGUUACGGCUGCUUACCCCUGUUUCAUGUGGAUGAUGAUUAAGAAACCUGCCAAAUAUAGUGGGAUGUGGUGUCUUAACUUGGUACUGGGAUGCUUGGGGAUGGUGCUAAGCGUUAUGUUGGUUUUUGGAGCUGCGUGGAGUAUAGUGGCAUUAGGGAUUGAAGCCCACUUUUUCAAACCCCAGUCACUCUACAGAGACAUAUGGCCGAUGAGCAUGAGUCCUAUAUUUCAUUGAACAAGUAGUGUUAUCUCUCCAUGUGUGUGUGUGUGUGUGUGUGUGUGUGUGAAUACUAACAAUUAUAAGAAUUCAGCAUUUCCAGAAAGAAAAGAAA